AUGGCGGAAAAGGCACCAGAACAGCCCGAUGUUGGCCAGCCACAGUUUGCCUACCACGCCGUGGUGGAGCCUUUCAUGAUUGUCGGCAUCAUGGUUGCGUCUUGCUACUUCAAUCGACUUCGGGGCUACUCAAUCUCACCCUCAAACCAAGACGAGGGCCUCCUCGGCAACGCAAAGCUCGAGCCGCGUGACCAAGAUGACCUCUUUGACGACUCGGAUAGCUUCGAUGAGGCUUCGCCCUCGCUGACGCCCGCAGCGGCCACGACGACCGAGACGCAUCCUCCCAAGAAGCGAUCAUGCUGCGGCACCAUCGUCCAUACGCCCAAUUCCUCGCGAUACGCCAACUACCCCCACAGCCGCUUCAUACAAAAGUUUCCCUUCUUGGUUGAGAUGUUCUACUGGGCCAUCAACCUGCUCUUCUACGUCAGUAUCAAGGGUAUCAGCGGCCUCAUCUUUUCCACUGAUGGAGUGUGGAAGAUGGCUGAGGGCCACGGUAUUGCUAUUCUGAACUUUGAGCAAAAUGGUCCCUUUAGCUUCUUGUUCCCGAUGCGCGAGGUUGCUGUGCAAACCUUCUUCAGAGAAGGCCACCAAACCAUGUUGACGAUCCUGAAUCGGGCCUACUCCCUCAUCCAUAUUCCCGUCACUGUUAGCUUCCUCGCCUGGUACUACUAUGCCGCGCCGACCCACGCCCAGUUCGCCGCCGCCCGUCGCAUGAUGAGCCUUACCAAUAUUGUCAGCUUCUGCGUCUUUACAACAUAUCCUUGCAUGCCUCCUCGUCUGCUGCCCGAGGAGUACGGCUUCUUCGAUACGGUCCGUCACGAGGACGCCGAGUCCAUCUACGCUACCAACCAGUUCUUCAACCAGCUGGCGGCGUUCCCCUCGCUACACUUUGGCUACUCGUUCUGCAUCGGCACCGUUCUCAUGUACCACUCUGGCAUUUUCCGCCGCCGCCUCGCUCCCCGCGAGAAGCGCAUGUCCAAGGCCUGGCAGAUCUUCUUUGCCGUUCUGAGCAUCGUGUAUCCGUUGUUUGUCCUGACAAUCAUUGUGGCAACAGCUAACCACUACUAUCUUGAUGCGCUGGCCGCCACGGGCGUUGUGGCCAUUUCUUGGCUUUGCAACCGCUAUCUUCUGUAUCUGCUUCCCUUGGAGGAUGUCUUCCUCUGGUGCGUCAGGCUGGAGAAGCCUGUUCCUACCACUGGCAACCGCCGAGGAUAG